AUGGCAAAAUCCGCCAGCGCAGCGGAAGCUGAGGGACGCGUACGCAGCUCGGACGCAGAAGAGCUCGGCACUGCGGGUACCUCUGGGCUUUCUGGCAAUCGGCGCGAAGCCAGAAGCGUCCGGGGGCCCAGGGCUCCAUUGUGGCUGGCUGGCCGGCCGCUGGCAGCAAGCGCCCGGUGGGACAGGAUAGGACAGGACAGGGCCCCCGCCUUCGCGGUGAGGCCUGUAUCCCUGUCCGCUAGUUUAAAUUGCACUUUGGUAAGGUAG